CCGCACCAUGGCUUUGGAAGAGGAGACCUCUCAGCUUUACUUGGAACAUCAACGUCUUCAAUUAUGCGCUGUACAUGUAUUGAACAAUCUAUUCCAAGACAGCCGAGCAUUCAGCCAAGCGCAAUUGAACCAGAUAUGCUUGUCGCUAAAUCCUUCCCACUUUUUUAACCCUCACAAGUCUUGGAUAGGAUUGGGCAACUACGAUGUGAACGUUAUAAUGGCUGCUUUAAGUCAAAGGAACAUGAACGUUCAGUGGUUUGACAAACGGCGACCCAUUGAGGAACUGCCCGUCAAUGGCGUGUUCGGAUACAUUAUGAACAUACCCAGUGCCUUCAAAUUGUUCGGCUGGAUCAAUUGGCCAGGAAACCAGCGCCAUUGGGUGGCGAUUAAGUAUUUCGAAUCAUUUAACGAAUAUGUGUUACUGGAUUCUAACGCAAAGGAACCUCAGCGUUUGGGCGAGAUCUUCUCACUGGAUUUAGGUUUCUGGACUGCGUGCUCACAUAGGUCAAGCCAUGAUUGGAGACCCGUCCACGGAGGUAUUGGUUGUAUUCUCGACUGAAGAACUGCAAACCUAACAGGACCAUCACUUAUAAGUUCAACGAUACAGGGACCUAGCCCACUUUGAAAUACAUGACUGAAUGGAUGGCUCAUCAUCGGUUAUGGACACGAAACGGCCAAGGGUUGUAAAGCGUGCUUGGUGUUGAACUCAAGUUUAUUGGCAUACAUUUAACGGAACUAAUAGACUCUGGUGACGGUUGGUGGCCGUUGUGGGGGACUUAAUCUUGGCCGGACAAGAACUUGGACAUGAAAUCCUUGGGCCGAUCGUCGACUGUCACUUUGAAGAACUUGGAGAUAAUGUGCGUAGGCAUGGCCCAAUUCUCGGCCACCUCCUUAAGAUCUUGCUGACCCUAGAAAGAAAAUACACAUCACUGAUAGCACAUACGCCCAAUCAACAGUGACGGAAACAAGCCCGAGAUAUCUGAAAUGACACAUUUAACUGAGGCAGAAGUUGAUUAUGUCAGGUUUGUAAAAGGUUUGCAUGACAAGGAAUACAUGUGUGGCAUCUUCGGAUAAA